GAAAGCGUUUUCGCUCAUUUCCGUUAAAUAUGGCUUCCCAGUGUUUACGAUGGUAAUUUGAGCUUAACAAAGAAAGCGUUAAAACUUUAUUUUUGUUCACGUUUUCGAUCAACGAUCACCUUUGUCGUCAGGACACAACCUGUGUGCUUACAGACCUGCCGUCGUCAUGGAAACAGAGGAGCAGGCCAGGAACCGUUUCCAGUCCGAGCUGGAGUUUGUUCAGUGUUUGGCCAACCCAAACUACCUGAACUUUCUGGCUCAGAGAGGCGUCCUGAGAGAGAGACCGUUCAUCAACUACCUGAAGUACCUGCUGUACUGGAAGGAGCCCGAGUACGCGAAGUUCCUCAAGUAUCCUCACUGCCUGCACAUGCUCGAGCUGCUGCAGUACGAACACUUCAGGAAGGAGCUGGUGAAUGCUCAGUGCGCCAAGUUCAUCGACGAGCAGCAGCUGCUGCACUGGCAGCACUACUCCAGGAAGCGCACCCGGCUGCAGCAGGCGCUCGCCGAGCAACAGCAGCCACAGCAGCAGCAGCCGCCUCACGGGAACACCGCCACCAAGUGAUGAUGUCACUGGAGGUCGGCAGAGGACUGAACAUUGGGACUGUAUAUUGGAGGUCUGAGGCUGAUGUUUGAGACACUUCAGCCAUGUUUGUUUGUUUUUUCUUUGAAUUGAUCUUUUGUACAGGAGGCUUUAAUGUGGUUAUUAAAGAGUUGUGAUUUGAGAAAAACAGCUGACUAAAGGAGUGUUAUGUCAGAGUUAAGCCCUGAGUAUUAUUAACUACGUAAACAUGACAUCAGCCUGCGUAUCCUGCGGUGGUUUGGAGCGUUGGUUGUGUACGUCCUCAGAAGCCAAAACAGCUGGCUCUACUCAUCAUCUCUACUUCAGUGUUUUACGCCGUCUGAUUUAUGUGGUGCUCCCUCUAGAGGAAUCCUCCAGUAACACAUGUACAUGUAUGUAUAUAUGUGAACAUUUGCAUUCAUGACACAACUGGUUGUCUCAGUUGUCACCCUACUCUGUAAAAUGUACUGUAAAAAGCGAGUGUAUUUGAGCCUGUCAUGAUACAAGAAUUUUAAAAACAUUGAUAAGAUAUUAAUAACAAGACAAUAUAUUAGUAACUUCUUGUUUUUAAUUUAAAAAAAAAAAAAGUCUAAAAUGUAGAGAAUACAUUUCAGUACCCAAAUGUUAUCAGUGUAUUUGUACGAUUGAGACAAUGUGUAGGCUGUUGCUUGCAUUUUUAUUUUAUUUGAUAAACUUUAUUAAUCCCUGAGGGGAAAGUUUGGC